AUGAGAAACACAAAUAAUGUAAAUUUGGAACGUACCAGCACGGAAUAUCAUCAGCUAAAAUGUGUAGGUCUACCCAUUAACUGUAUACAUAUUUACAGCGGGUUGUCAAUGCCCUACACUAAUAUUCCUACCGGAUAUGAAAAGCUCUUUGAUCAUGUUGAUCGAAAAAGGCCUAAACUUUUCCUAUUUGUAGGCUGCGUUUUAUAUUCAAGGAAACAGGAAGCAAUGAAACAUAAGAACCAUAGUUUCUAUUCAAGUGUGAGGCGGAUUUACAUCGAGAAAAUUAACAGCAAUUAGAAUAAUAAUUGCUACCACAGCGCAAAGAUUACAAAAUAUUUCUAAAAACCUGCAUGACUGGCUACAAACUUUAUGUUUUAUUCAAUUUCUUUUACCAUCAGUAGGCCUUCAUUUGGAACUUGAAUAUUGCAAUGUAAUGAUUUUUGCUUGACUGGUUUGGACGUGGUGGAACUGAUGAUAUUUCGAUACCAUAACGGCCAAGGAAACAAAAUGGUGCUCAGGUAUAUAAAUUGUACGGUCUCAGUUCUAGUGAUUUUAUUGGAAAUUCUAUCGGCCCGUGCUGGAUCGUGGAAUUGCACAUUCGAAUCGGGUGACUGCGGGAUUACUCAAUUAGGGAACGCAAUAAAUCCGCAUUGGACUGUUCGAACAGCUACAAGUGGAAGCAAGUACUACAGAGCAAUCAUUAAUAAAAUCUCCGAUCGUUCUGGAACGUAUGCAACAUUCAAUCUACCAUCUGUAUCGUAUCCGAGUUCUAGAAGUGGUAUCUUGUCAUUUCGUUUCUUUUACUACACCAAUGACCCGAGCCCGCUGUAUGGAUCUUUAAGAGUCACAGCUUGUGAGGGUGAGGAUCCCAUCUUUAGUGAGGGUGAUCUUCCAAGGCAGUGGUACUUUAGACAAGUACCUUUCACCUGUGCAUCAUCUGUUAAGAUAUCUUUCACCGCUAUCCGAGGGUCCAACCCAACGACCAUAGGAGUUGACGAUAUUAGCUUGACAGAAAUACGACAUACUACAACUGAAUUGGUGACAACCAAAACUUUGCAAGCAACAACCGCUUUCGCAAGAAGUAGUUCACCGACUAUGUCGACUCUUGUUUUGAAUACCCAACGUGCUCAACGUGGUUUUACAAGUAGCGGAGGAUCGAACGGCGCAGUGGCACCUGCAGUAUCAUCAGUCCUUUGUGUUAUUGGUAUUUGCUUGGUGGUGACAUGCUACGUCUUCUGGAGAAAGAGACGCGGAACAAACAAGACCGAUGAUAAAGAACCAGGUAACAAUGAUGACCUGUACAUCAACCCAAUAUACUCAUCCCAGGAUACUACUCACUUCAAACAUGACCUCCUGACUCGGCCUCCUGUAGGUACCCAUCCUCAAGAAACGAACAAAGCUCAAGAAGAUACAGAGGAAUGCGUGGAAUACGAAGGAUAUGUCGGGCAAGGUUCUCCUCUGCACCGUUGUCCUUCUUCAGACAUUGAUCUUAGCAGAUAUUCAAAUAAACGCGAUCACUCUAGUCAAGAAGGGCGAUUGGAUGUCGGCAUCGCCGCUGAUGAGGAAAACGAACAAAGCUCUGAUGAUCUUGAACGGGUUACAGAAUCACCGUUUUACGAGAACUAUACAGCAUCGGAGACCACAUAUGAGGCGAAAGGGGCACCUAUGUAUUACAGCUACGAGGGCGGUAAUAGUGGACAAGGGCAAAAUUCUGCCACUGAAAACGGCCGGAUUGAGGACUUUGAACCUCUAUAUAGCGAAGAAGUAUAUGGCGAUUUUCAGUAGGGAACUGCCAUUUUGUAUCCGGAUCUGGUAUUUCUAGGGAGAUUGUGUUUGGGGACAAUAGAUAUUAAAAAAAUAUAAGAUUUUGCUUUUCUUGGACUUUCAACAAUUUAUUUGCCUUUCACUUACACAUAUUUUUAGAUUUAUUUUAUUUUAAUAGAUUCUUCUUCUGCAUGUAAAUGUGUUUCUUAACAUCAUUUUGACAUAUUUCUUGAACUGACUCUUAACUUGAAAAAAAAACUAUAAAUGCAAUUCUAGCAUUAUUUUUUUAAUAUACAUCACUUCGAGCAACUUAAGAUUAUUGUGAACAUGUAUUGUUUUUACUACUAUAAUAUAAAUUUCAUUUGUAUCGCAGGUUAUGUCAAUAGUAUAUUCAACUUUAAUUAUGUGAGUAUGUAUUUCAUUAAUAAUAUUUUUUUUCAACAAGACAAAUAUUUUGUACUUGAGCAUUUAAAGGUACCAGACCCGACUAGCAUUCAUGCUAUUUUCUGGUUCUGGUUUCCUGUAAACUAUUAUAUUUCAUUCUACUUCUUUGAUGAUGUACGGUUUUUAUGCUGUAUUUGUACUUUUUGGAUAAUAAAUUCAAUUUCAAGAUCAAUUCCUUUCAUGAGGGAAAUAGUGUACGUUGGACAUGCAUUUUAUUUCAGUAUCAUAAAAAUACCUUCAUUUUCAGGGAUAUCAGGAUUUCCUUAUUUCGGCUCGAGAUAAUCAGUGUAUAUGUAUAUUCUAAUUAAUAGCAUCCGUGUUGUGCUGAAGAAAAAUGUUGAUUUGAAUCAAUAUAGAAAAAUCAAACAAGCAUAAUGCAGAAAAAUUCAUCAAAAUCGGAUGUAAAACAAGAAGUUAUUAUGACAUUUUAAAUUUUGCUUAUUUUUUGCAAAACAGUUAUGCACAACUCAUUGAUAUGCAAAUAAGAGAGUUGAUGAUGUCACUCACUCACUCACUAUUUCUUAUGUUUGUUAUUGUUUGAAUUAUACAUUAAUUCAUUUUUACAGAGGACAAUAAGAACCAACUUUACUCAACCAUAAAAUGUUCAAACAAGGGUCAUUCCACAUGUUCAGUGAGGAGAAAACUUUGUUUCACACAAUGAGGAGCAAAUAAGAAUAUUUCAUAUCAUAAAAUACAAAAGAAAUAGUGAGUGGGUGGCGUCAUCAGUCCCCUCAUUUGCAUACCGACCAGCAUGACCAGGAUGUGCAUAUCUGUUUUGUGAAAUUAGGCUUAACAUUAAGAUGUCAUUACUUUUUUAUUUUACACCUUAUUUUGAUGAAAUUUUUAGUGUUAUACUUGUUUGAUGUUCUCUUUUUAUUCAAAACAACUUUUUGUUGGGAUAGAUUUGUCCUUUAAAUAUACGAAACUUUGGAAUACCAUAACUUUCUUAUUAUGUGUAUAAAUAUUCGAUAUCUUGUAUUGCAUUCAUUGUUAUGUUUAGAUGCUGUUGCAUAAUAUCGUUUGAUCAUACAAUGUUUAUUUUGUUAAUAUAUUAUCUAUUUUUGAUCGUGAAUAAAACCAAACCAAACUUACGUUGCAAUUAAUUUCGAUUGAAUUUUC